AUGGGAGGUGAUGGUGGAUCAAUACCAAAACGAAUCGAACUUGUUCAACAGAAGAAAAAGCCGGAAGCAAAAGAUAAAGAUGCAGCCAACAUGGCCAAAUGGCGUCAUUGUGCGUUAAAACAUGAUACACUUAGGCAACCUAUUGUUGUUGAUUCGUAUGGGUUGCUGUACAAUAAAGAUGCUAUUCUGGAGUAUUUACUGGAUCGUGGAAGUUUUGAACAUGGACCAGCGUAUAUAAAAAAGCUGAAAGAUGUUAAAGAAUUGCAAUUAACUGAAAAUGCGUCGUUCAAAGCGAAUCAUAAUGAAUUAGGCAAUGAAUAUUUGGAUGUUUAUUCGUCUCCAUUUAUGUGUCCAAUAACAUUCGUCGAAAUGAAUGGAAAAUAUAAGUUUUGUGCUCUAUGGACGUGUGGUUGUGUUCUUUCGGAUCGAGCACUUCGAUCCGUCAAUAAGUCAGCUACUAGCGAAGAAAAACUUACCUGUCCACACUGUGGUAAAGAGUAUUCAUCCAGUGAUGAUGUACUUAUUCUCAAUCCCGAAGAUGAAGAUAUCAAGUUAAUGGAACAAAGACGAGAAAGACUAGCUGUAAAUCAGAAAAAGAACGUAUUAUCAAAACGAAAACUAGCUGAAGCAGAAGAACAACCUUCAGCUGAAAAGAAGGUCAAAACUGAAUCAACAACAAUAAAACCUAGUACUUCGAAAAUAGUUCCGACAUCGAAUGCUACAAAUACGAAAUCAUCGAUUCAACAAGAUCCAACUAAAUCGGAUCUAUACAAAUCGUUGUUUACCACAAGUGAUGCAGCGAAAAAGAAAGAAAAAAAUAAAGCACAUUGGGUUACUUAUAAUCCGCUGUAUUUUUAA